AUGUUAAAACAAUUUGUACAUGCGACGCCAAGUCUGAGUCAGAAAACAGAAGAAGGACAGCGAUCGAAGGCCCCGAUUCAUGUUCCAAAUAACAUUCGAGCCCCGCCUGAGGCGCUUUCCAUUCCGUGGUGGGUUUUAUUCGAAAUGAAGCGAACGUUCGCCGACUAUUACGAGGAGCCGGUGUAUUGCGCGCCGCCCAACGAGACCAGAAUCCCGUUCUACGAGCAGGAGCCGGCGGAAAAGAAGCGAAUAGAGGAUGACGAAGAGGAGGAGGACAUUCCACCGGAAUACAUGUCGGUUUGUGGGAAAAUCUCAAGUCAUGUGAGUUUUUACAUAUUUAUUACCAAAAUCAGUAUAGAUUUGUCGGAAAAAUAAUAACCACAAAAAAAUUUGUUCGUUAUAGAAGGUUUUGGUUAUAUGGAGGUUCAUUUUAGUCUGAAUUUGGACCUUGCAAACUCUGAAUUAGCAUGUUAUAGACAGGUUUUGCUGUAUGGAAGUUUGUUAUAUGUAAUAUCAGUCUGUCGGGAAAAUAAUGAGUAUAAUGCCGCGACGUCGGUGAAAUAAAAAGAAAUUUGAUUUUCUCCGUGACACAAGCCAUUUUCUCGCCGACAAUGCGAUUUUCGAUCUUCAUUAUUUUCCCGACAAACUGAAAAAAAAGUUUUUUUACCAGUAGAAAAAAAUUUCGACCUAAUUUUGCCCCAAUUUUGUAUUGGUCGCUACCCCAACGGGUACCCUUGGAUUGUCUUCAAAUUUUGCACACAUGUCACGCAUAGACCAUAUUUUAAUUCCUCAAAAUCCAAGCUCUUGCUUUACUGGGUGAGCCGAGAUAUUCAACAAAUUUUGCGGCCGAGAGAGUACGCAAAAUGCGGAGAGUGGUCAGAGAGAAAACACUUUUUGGCCGCAUCUUUGUCAGUUUUGCGCGGAAAAAAUUUCUUUUUUUGUGGAAAAAUCCCUCUCUACGGUAGAAAUAGACAUGGGACUUUUCAUGGCAAAAUUCGCAAAAAAAAUUUCGAAAUUUUUCAAAUUUUCGGUAAAAAAAUAUAUGUCGGAUUUUUUUUCAAAUUUUGAACAUACGUUGGGCAUAGGCUGCAUAUCAAUUCCUGAAAAUUUUAGCUCUUACUUUGCAGUGUGAGCCGAGAUAUUCAACGAUCUUUGCGGCCGAGAGAGUACGCAAAAUGCGGAGAGCGGUUAGAGAUAAAAUCGGUUUUUUGCCAUAACUUCUCAGAGUAUACUAUUAUUUUUCCACAGAGCAUACUAUUAUUUCUCACCGAGUAUAUUUUACUAUAGCUUUUUGAAAUUUCAGCGACUAACCUUCAUCAUAUCCUUGGUGGUGACGAUAGGCUCUCUCUUGUACCUCGUUUUCGACGUCUUUCUCUUUGCCGAGCGUCGUAAGUGGGCAAAAUUUCAUUUUGAGUACAUAGAGCUGUUUCCAGACGAACGAUAUUCAAGCUACGACGUAAUCCAGACAGUAAAUUUCGGUGUGGCUUUACUACUUCUUAUUGGCAAUCGAAUGGGCUGCUUCUUUAUGUACUUGCCGUAUUUGGCGUUUCAUGUAAGAUUGGUACAUCUUGAACAAUACAUAAUUGUUGGCAUAUCUUGCUUUCAGGUCUUUCUUCAAAUAAUUUUGAUGCUGAUUGUGUUUGUUUUAUUCAUCAAAUCGUUUUUGAUGGCCAAAACCGGCGAUGACGACAGGUAUAUUCAAGAGACGACCGACGAUUUUUGGGUAUGUGUAGAUUUUGUGAAAUUUGAAACACAGAUUUUGAUGACAUUUUGCUGCAAGUUAUAUGGGAAGUAUAUAUCAGUCUGUCGGGAAAAUAAACGCUGUUCAUUGUGCUUAUUAUUUUCCAGACAGACUGAUAUCCCGCAAUCAGGUUUUUGGUGCAACUCCACCACUUUUCUUUAAAUUUGGCACAAACUUUGGCCAUACGCCACAUAUCAAUGAUUGAAAAUUUUAGCUCGCGCUUUCCAAGGGCAGCCAAAAUAUUCAACAAUCUUUGCAGCCAAGAGAGUACGUAAAAUGCGGAGAACGGUCAGCGAAAAACUUUUGUUGGCCGUAUUUUUGCCAGUUUUGUGCGGAAAAAAUUGAUUUUUUGUGGAAACAUUACUCUCUACAGUAGAAAUAAACAUGAACAUUUUCAAAGUAAAAUUCGCAAAAAAAUUGCCAAAUUUUUGUAAAUUUUUGAUCAAAAAAUCUCGGUGGUUCGGGUACCGUGAUCUCUCAUAUGACAUAGAAAACGGUGUUCUAAAUUUGUGCCAAGUUUUAUCAAAAUCUGAGCAUUGCAGUUGGAGAUCUUCCCCUGUAAAGAAAUACUAUGUAAGAUGAGGAGAGACGGUCAGAGAAAAAUGGGUUUUCUCGUGUUUUUUCGCUGGCUUUUUGUAAUAAAAAAACUUUUUUAUUAUGCUCUUUAUUACUAUCAUCAAGUUCAACAAGAUCGUCUCAGUUUUUCCCAGCGAUUUGGCCAUUAAAUUUGGACAAAGGCACUUCUCAAGUUCCCCUGGUUUCAGUUCGUCGCACACGUUACUUACAGUCAUUUAGACGGAGGCAAUUGCCUUGGCCGAAACUUGAAACCUUUUGGGGGUACUUCUUUGAGAAAUGCAAUGACGAAAACCGUCAAAAUUUUCGAAAUUUUUCAGGUCAAAAAUCACAGUCAUUUUUUGGAGAAAGCGAUAUUAACUCCCUUAUAAACAGCUCCAGACAAAUUUAUUUCCAGGACUACAUGACGUUGGCUCUUCUGCUCAUCAUCUACGGCGCAAUAAAUGCAUAUUGCAUUACCGUGGUUUUGAAUGGAAUGAAAUACCUGCGGAAAAAGACGAGUGGAAAAACUGUGUUAUGGUGA